GGGUUUAGGGUGAAGAACGGAAAGACAUCAAAGUUGAGGUUAAAGAGGAAGAAGAAGAGAGGUUGGUGAGUGGAGAUCAGCAGUCUAUGGAGGAGGGGGAGAUGAUUACGGAAAGUAAACAGGAGAACUCUGCUCAACAUAUGGAAACAAGCAGGCAAUAUACUUGUAAUAUCUCUGAGGAACAUCUUCUAUUCCCUCCCGAUUAUAACACAGAAGAUCAAGGCCUUGCACAACGUUCUCCAGGAGUAAAUCCCAUUGCUGUAAAUAGACAUCAGGGACCUUAUCAUUUGGACCCCUCUAAUCCUGAGGAACCCUCUGAUAAUCCACAUACGAAUAGUCCAGAUUUGAAUAGAAGAGACGAUCGAGCAACGGGUCCAUCUAAUGCCAAGGAAUCUCUAAGGAAUAGAAGAAAUCCCACAGAAGAGCCUUCAUGGUCAUGUUCAGUUUGCCUAAAAUCUUUUACCGGAAACAGAACACUUCUUAGACACCAAAAAAUUCACACGGGCGAGCGUCCCUUCUCGUGUUCAGAGUGCGGGAAAUGUUUUGUUCAGAAAGGAGUCCUUAUUACGCACCAAAGAAUUCACACAGGGGAGCGUCCCCAUUCAUGCUCCGAGUGCGAGAAAAGUUUCAUUCAUAAAAGGGACCUUCAAAAACACCAGAAAAUUCACACGGGUGAAUUCCCUCAUUCGUGUUCAGAGUGUGGGAAAGGUUUUAUUAAGAACGGAGACCUUCUCAGACAUCGUAGAACGCACACGGGGGAGCGUCCUUUUUCAUGUUUAGAGUGCGGGAAAUCUUUCAGUGAGAAAAAAACACUUCUUAGACACCAGAGAAGUCACACGGGCGAGCGUCCCUAUUCAUGUACAGAAUGUGGGAAAAGUUUCAUGGUCAAAGGAGACCUUUGUAAGCACAAAAAAAUUCACACGGGCGAGCGGCCUUAUUCGUGUUCAGAGUGCGAGAAAUCUUUCAGUGAGAAAAGAACACUUCUUAGACACCAGAGAAGUCACACGGGCGAGCGUCCUUAUGCAUGUCUGGAGUGCGGGAAAUGUUUUAUACAGACAUCAGACCUCCGUAUACACCAGAGAAGUCACACGGGCGAGCGGCCUUAUUCGUGUUCAGUGUGCGGGAAAAGUUUGAUUACGAGAAAUGCUCUUGUUAGACACAAGAGAAUUCACACGGGUGAGCGUCCUUACUCGUGUUCAGUUUGCGCAAAAUCUUUUAAUGAGAGGGGAGACCGCGUUAAACAUGAGAGAAUUCACACCAGGGAACAGCCUUUCACAUGUUAAGAGUGCGGGAAAGGGUUCACCGAGAAAGAAAAGCUUCUGAAGCACCAGAAAA